GCAAGUCUCAUACACAAACCAAAUUCUUCUGCUGUGCAUUCGCUAUAUUCUCUACAUAAUUUUACGAUAAUCCGCAAAAUGUUUGCGAAAAUAUUUAGCCGAAAAUCAACCAAAAACACUUGCCGAAGUAGCUUUCACCGCGAAAUAAAACCUCUUAAACCCGAGGACUUCGACGACGUGUUCGGUGGGCCACCACGCCACGUCUUUCCCGGCAGAACCUCGGAAUAUUUCUACGACGACAUGUUCCAUAAUCCUGUAAGACACAGCGUGGACUUAAAUGGCCGCGAAUUGCCCAAGUUCAUCAUUUCGACAUCAAGAGGCUGCGGCAGUGAAGUGUUUCGCGGUGGGGAUACGACGUCGGUGCUGAAUUCGGAGGAGUUUAGUCCGCCGACAAGUGACGAUGACGUUUAUUCGCCAUUCGAUGCUUCCAAACUCAGGCCAAUGAUGGUACCACAAACGUGGAACGCAUCAUCAAAAAUGAUGCAUGGAGUACAACAAAGGCCUCAAGAUAUACCAGAUUUCCCCUUCAGUCGUCCUUCAUCUGUAGGAUAUCAGUUUACUGACAAUGAUCCGCAGACUGGCUCUACAAGUAAGUCUGACGACGAGGAUGACGACGAUGAAAAUGAGAUUAGCAGCUCCUUUGUGUUUGGAUCCAAUUACAGUUACCGCGAAGGGAGUGAUGAAGGAGUCAGAGUUGAUGAAGCCAUCGCGUGGGCUAAAGAGAGCUAUCUGUCACACAGCUCGUCAGCUGAAACGACUGAAAUGCCAGAUGGGGGCGCAGAUGGAAGUGAAUCAGUGCUGCACAUUCAUGAGGAGUAUCCGAACAAAAGGAAACCAGACAAAGAUCAGGGAGAAGUCGACGAGUCUAGGGAGAUGAAAAUUUUGGAAGAAAAUAUUAAGUUGUGGUCAUCUGGAAAAGAACGAAACAUUGAAUUGCUGCUCUCUACACUGCAGGAUAUAUUAUGGCAAAACAGUGGUUGGUGUCCGAUCCCUCACACGAGCCUGUAUCAGAGCUCAAAUGUGAAGAAGGCUUAUCAGAAAGCACGACUACUUCUUCAUCCUGAUAAACUACAGCAGAGAGGCGCAACUCUCUUACAGAAAUAUGUUGCACAGAGGAUAUUCUUAAUCCUUCAGGAAGCAUGGGAUGCGUAUAUCUCCCAAGACGUUAUUGUUUCAUCUCGAGGAUAGACCGUACCACACGCGUUUGCAACUCAGUUGAGCGCUCCGUUUGUUGAAAUAUAUCAUAAGAUCUAUUUGGGUAUUGUCUCUAACACCUUAAGAUUUUAGAUGGAUCGGUUCUCAGCACCAAUUCAUGCUGAAUUUGCGACAUUCAUGUCUCUGUUAAAUAUAAUGUUGUUGUUUUUUUACUAAUUAUUCUGGAGAUGUAAGAAAUAAGAAAUGUACACGGUCACAAAAGUUCUGUGUCCUGGCUCUUAUGUAGUCCUUUCAUUAGAACAAUUUGCAGACUGCUUAUUUUCAGCAGACGGCAGUUAUUUUACCAAACUUCCCCAGAUUACCAUACCAGAAAACAAAGAAGAAGAAA